UGUCACUUCCUUAAUUAAAAAUGGCUUAGGUUAAAAGGAAUAUUUAUUUAUUUAUUUACAAAACGUGUCGGACACAAAUGACAGCAGUCCUAUAGGUCACCGUUGUAUAAAAUGUUGUUUGAAGAUGGCAGUGACCCAACCCUUACCCGCGGCUUUCUUGGCGAUCUAUUUGUUAUGUCUCUAUGUAAAAGUGGCCCAUAUUUCAGGAAUGGGGCGAAAUUUGGGACGAAGAGGACUAUAUAAAGAAGCACCGUCGAUAGAUUUAUCGUCGACAAACUCCUAUUCGCCAACAAUGUUGUUGCUGAUAUUAGUUCUGUUCGCUUUAACCGCUUAUUCGAGAGGAGUUCCAACUCCUUACGGUUAUGUACCAACUGUCAAGGUGGCACCAGCAGUGAAAGUAGCUUAUCCAGCAGCGAAAGUAGCUUAUCCAGCAGCUUACGUGGAAAAACCUCAACCCUAUAAUUUUGGAUAUGAUAUUAAAGAUGAACAAGGUAACAAGCAGUGGAGAAACGAAGCCGGAGACGAAUAUGGUACUAAGAAGGGUUCAUAUGGUUACAUAGAUGCUUUCGGUAUCCAACGACACGUCGAAUAUUUAGCAGGUCCUGAAGGGUUUAAGGCAUGGAUCAAAACAAACGAACCGGGAACACAAAGUUCUAAUCCCGCAGAUGUGCAAAUAAUUUCGGAACCAGCACCCAUCAAGCAGAUAGCUGUCGUACCUAAAGUGUACAAACCUGUCCUUAAAGUGCCUUAUAAGCCAGUAAGUUAUGCAUAUGCUGCUCCACCUUACGUGCCUCCUAAAGUUAUUUAUAAAACAUCACCUUUAGCCGUCAAACCAAUUUAUCCUGCUGCUGUACCUGUUUUAAAAAGUUAUUACUGNUACGACUUCAUUAAAAUUUGA